UUGUGCAGCCUCCAAGCCAAGCCAGCAUCAAACCACACAAGAAGCUUAUUUUCGAAACGGAGGCGCGGCCAGAGAAAAAAAAAAAUAUGAAUAAUGAUCCGCCCUGCAGAAACUGCUCGGAGCGGACUGAGUGACAGACAGAAACACGCAGGAGACCAGCAGGAGAAAGAAAGGGAAAACAGGACGCUUCUGACUUUGGAAAUUGGGAUUUAUUUUCCCCCCCUCCGUGCUGGACCCAGAUAUGCGCUGGAAAAGUGAAGUUAAAGUGGAAUGCUGGGCUGGGAACGGCAGCAAGAGCGGAUCUCCGCUGUCCACCGGCGAGCUUCUCGUCAUGUGUGAGGACUGCAAGGGAGACGGAGAGCUGCCGGGCAAGUGCGCCGAGGAGAGGAGGGACAUGAUGGGCGCGCCGGUGGAGGUUUUGGAUGAAGACACUUCGUCCCCGCAGGCGAUGGCCUCUGCGCCUCUGUUGGGCAGAAGCGUGUGCGCCAACUGCAACGAGGAAAUAGUGGACAAAUAUUUAUUAAAGGUUAACGACUUGUGCUGGCAUGUGCGCUGUCUUUCCUGCAGCGUGUGCCAGACCUCGCUUGGCAGCCACGCGAGCUGCUACAUCAAGGAAAAGGAGGUUUUCUGCAAAUUGGACUACUUCAGACGAUACGGCACCUGGUGCGCCUGCUGCGGCAGGAACAUCCACUCCACAGACUGGGUCCGCCGGGCCAAGGGGAACGUCUACCACCUGGCCUGUUUCGCCUGCUUCUCCUGCAAGAGGCAGCUCUCCACUGGGGAGGAGUUCGCCCUGGUGGAGGGCAAAGUGCUCUGCAGGGUCCAUUACGACUGCAUGCUGGACAAUCUCAAGCGGGCCGUGGAGAAAGGAAACAGUGUUAAUAUGGAGGGAGCGGUGCCCACGGAACAAGAAAUCAAUCAGCCAAAACCGUCCAAGAGAGCACGAACCAGCUUCACAGCCGACCAGCUGCAGGUGAUGCAGGCUCAGUUCGCUCAGGACAACAACCCCGAUGCUCAAACUCUGCAGAAGCUGGCGGAGCAGACCGGCCUGAGUCGAAGAGUCAUACAGGUCUGGUUCCAGAACUGUCGAGCUCGCCACAAAAAGCACGUGAGUCCAAACCACACCUCAAGCACACCCAUGACCUCCCUGCAGCCCGGCCGCCUGUCCCAGCCCACCCCGACCCCUGAGGAGCUGCAGUACACAGCCUACGGAGGCCCAGAAGGCUCAAUGCUCUCAGCGCUUCACUCCUUCAUUGACAUACACUCUCCACCCUCCAUGUUUCAGCCACUGCUGCCUGCCCACGCCAUGACCUCCUUGCCUGUGUCUCACGCCUGAGCUGCUCUCUUUCUGACACACGUACAUGUUGGUAUGUACAUCAUUGUGUGGACCUUACAUUCAUUUUCUUUUGCUUUCUAUCCCCUGACCCUGAACCUAAGGUCACAGGUACAUGCCUAACCCUAAAUUGAACCUAAAGGUCCUUCACACCUUAGCCCUAAACCUAACCAUUAGCCCAGUUUGCAUUCUGUGGACCUUGCAAAAUGUCCUCACAAUGCCAAUUGUCCAUGCAAUGUCAAGUUUUGGUCCUCACAGCGAUAGACAUACAUGUGCAUGCACACACACACACACACACUCAGCAGCUUCACACCCCACCAGCGUUUUCUUUUCCAUAACCAGCUGCAGUAUUCGGAUGCCCAUGCUAAAUCCAACUUGAUGUUUAUCGCAUCGUCACACCAUUUCAUUUCUUAAACUUCAAGAAAUUCAUCUUUACAUGUCUAUGUAUAAAAAAAAGAAAAACUGUUGAAGACCAUGACUUACAGUCCUAUGUGUACUGUAUAAUGUGGAAAUGCAAAGUUUUCAGUGUACCUCACAGAGCUGUGACACAUGGCAGUAUAUUUGUUUCUGUGGUUGGUGACAAUGUUUGACUGUGUUACUCCAUGUGAAAGCCAAUAGGCUCUAAACUCCAUAUGAAGGUGAACCGGAAUUUGUUUUGUAUAAAUGUUGCAAUCUAAUUUAUUGUUAUGUCGAGUCUGUUUUAAGAAUAAAGAACUAAUUUCCCAAACCUCGUGGAAAUGA